GGCGGGAACGUGAAGUCUCCGCGGUGCCUGAUGGGGCUGUUGGGAGCCGGAGACCUGUAGCCACCCGGGUACCACUCUUUACUGCUGCCGCCGUCUCUGCCGCCUCAUGGCGGCCAUCGGAGUUCACCUGGGCUGCACAUCAGCCUGUGUGGCCGUCUAUAAGGAUGGCCGGGCUGAUGUGGUUGCAAACGAUGCAGGUGACAGAGUUACUCCAGCUGUUGUUGCUUAUUCAGAAAAUGAAGAGGUUGUGGGAUUGGCGGCAAAACAAAGUAGAAUAAGAAAUAUUUCAAAUACAGUAGUGAAAGUAAAGCAGAUCCUUGGCAGGAGCUCUGAUGAUCCACAGGCUCAGAAAUACAUCACAGAAAGUAAAUGUUUAGUCAUUGAAAAAAAUGGGAAAUUACAAUAUGAAAUAGAUACUGGAGAAGAAACAAAAUUUGUUAACCCAGAAGAUGUUGCCAGAUUGAUAUUUAGUAAAAUGAAAGAAACGGCACAUUCUGUCUUGGGCUCAAAUGCAAAUGAUGUAGUUAUAACUGUUCCAUUUGAUUUUGGAGAAAAGCAAAAAAAUGCUCUUGGGGAAGCAGCCAGAGCUGCUGGGUUUGAUGUUUUGCGGUUAAUCCAUGAGCCCUCUGCAGCUCUCCUGGCUUAUGGAAUUGGACAAGACUCACCCACUGGAAAAAGCAAUAUUUUGGUGUUCAAACUUGGAGGGACAUCCUUAUCUGUCAGUAUCAUGGAAGUUAACAGUGGGAUAUAUCGUGUUCUUUCAACAAACACGGAUGAUAACAUUGGAGGUACACAUUUCACAGAAACCUUAGCACAGUAUCUAGCUUCUGAGUUUCAGAGAUCCUUCAAACAUGACGUCAGAGGAAAUGCCCGAGCCAUGAUGAAAUUGAUGAACAGUGCUGACAUUGCAAAACAUUCUUUGUCAACCUUGGGAAGUGCCAAUUGUUUCCUUGACUCGUUAUAUGAAGGUCAAGAUUUUGACUGCACUGUGUCCAGGGCAAGAUUUGAACUUCUCUGUUCACCACUUUUUAAUAAAUGUAUAGAAGCAAUCAGAGCCCUCUUAGAACAAAGUGGAUUUACAGCAGAUGAUAUCAACAAGGUUGUCCUUUGUGGAGGGUCUUCUCGAAUCCCAAGGCUACAGCAACUGAUGAAAGAUCUUUUCCCAGCUGUUGAGCUUCUAAAUUCAAUCCCGCCUGAUGAGGUUAUCCCUAUUGGUGCAGCUAUAGAAGCAGGAAUUCUUAUUGGGAAAGAAAACCUUUUAAUAGAAGACUCUCUUAACAUAGAGUGUUCAGCCAAAGAUAUUUUAGUUAAGGGAGUCGACGAAUCAGGAGCCAACAGUUUCACAGUACUGUUUCCAUCGGGGACUCCUUUGCCAGCUCGAAGACAACACACAUUACAAGCCCCUGGAAGUAUAUCUUCAGUAUGCCUCGAACUGUAUGAGUCUGAGGGGAAAAACUCUGCAAAAGAGGAAGACAAGUUCGCACAGGUUAUACUCCAGGAUUUAGAUAAAAAAGAAAAUGGAUUACGUGACAUAUUGGCUGUUCUUACUAUGAAAAGGGAUGGAUCUUUACAUGUGACAUGCACAGAUCAAGAGACUGGAAAAUGUGAAGCAAUCACUAUUGAGGUGGCAUCUUAGUGUUUUAGGGAAACCAUGAAUUUUUUACAACUAGAAUAUCAACAUUAUUUGGUUUUGUUUAUAAGUGAUGUUUAUAUUAAAAUACUUUUGAAUGAACGGUGUAAUCUAUGUUUCUAUUAAACUACAAUAU